CGGCUCAGUUAGCGCGUGGUUGCAAAAAGAAAUAGUUACUGAAUAAGUAAUAAUCACACCACCAACUUGUUUUUCCGCAAAAAAAAGGACAAAACAGUACUGUAUCGAGAUAUGGCCAAGGAGCUAAGAGAAGGGCUUGUGCUAGGAAUCGGUAAUCCGCUCCUCGAUAUCUCCGCGGUGGUGGACGAAGAUUUUCUCAAAAAAUAUGACCUCAAAGCCAACGAUGCCAUCCUCGCCAGUGAUAAGCACAAAUCCCUCUAUGACGAGCUCAUUGAGAAGUACAAUGCCGAGUUCAUUGCGGGGGGAGCUGUACAGAAUACCAUGCGUGUUUCACAAUGGUUUUUGGAGAAAUCUAAGGUAGCUGUUUAUAUGGGUUGUGUUGGCAAAGACAAGUACUCCAAAAUAUUGGAGGAGAAAGCAAAGGAAAAUGACCUAAACGUCAGGUAUCAGUAUACUGAUAAGGAACCAACAGGAACUUGUGCUGUUCUUAUCACAAACGGUGGAAAAUGCCGAUCGCUUUGUGCAAACCUGGCAGCAGCAAACUGCUUUUCUCUAUCUCAUAUAGAAGAGGCGGAAAAUAAGAAAUACAUUGAAAAUGCACAUUUUUACUAUGUAUCUGGAUUUUUCUUGACAGUAAGUCCGGAAACGAUUCAAGCUGUAGCUCAGCAUGCAUUUGAAAACAACAAAGUUUUUCUCAUGAAUUUAAGUGCUCCAUUCUUGUGUGAAUUUUACAAGAAGCCUAUGAGUGCUGCUCUGCCUUAUGUUGAUGUUUUGUUUGGCAAUGAGACCGAGGCUGAGGCUUUCUCCAAAGCUUUCAAUCUGGAAAGUACAGAUAUAAAAGAAAUUGCUCUAAAAAUUGCAAGCAUGGAGAAAAUUAAUAAUAAUAAAAAAAGAAUCGUCAUUAUAACGCAAGGCUCUAGUCCUGUUUUGUUAGCCAAAGAUGGCAAUAUAACACAGUACCCUGUUACUAAACUGCCAGAAGAAAAAGUCAUUGAUACAAAUGGUGCUGGUGAUGCAUUUGUUGGAGGUUUCUUAUCUCAGUAUAUUCAAGACCAAGACUUGGACGUUUGCAUCAAAUGUGGAAUUUGGGCUGCUUCACAGAUCAUACAGAGAUCUGGAUGUACUUAUGAAGGAAAGCCGGACUUUCCUGCAUUAUGACAAGGCCUUUUGUUGUAAAUACUAGAUGAAAAACUGUACUUAAAGAUAUUAUGACAUCUUUUGGGUUGUGGUUGUUUUAAGCAAAACAGCAGUGUUAAUAGCAAUCAUGUAAAAUAUUGUCAAACAAUAAGCAUUCACGAAAAAGCACUUUGGUGCUCUUAUAAAUAUUAAUAACUUUAUAGUUUGCAUACAAAUCGCACAAAAUUACAUAAUACUUUGCUUUAUGCUGAAAAAAAAAAUUGAAAGUAAAAUAAAAAUUUUCUGUACAACAAUUUUAUUUCAUUUUGCAUAACUGAAAAAUUUAAUAAAAUAAAAUUUUUAUGAU